GUAAGAAGAAGAGAAAGUCGGUCUAUCCAUCUGGGCGAUCGUGCUUUCGAGGAGGUGGUCUGGAACGUUAUCUGACGGACGUGCGCGCUAGAUAUAAAUACUGGGGACGUGUUCACCGGUUUACAGUUGUUUUUUUUUGCUGCGGGAGGUUAAGUCAUAAGAAAGUGAAAUGGGGAUCCGAAAGAAGAAUAGCAAGAACCCUCCAGUUCUCAGCCAUGAGUUUGUCAUCCAGAAUCAUGCAGAUAUUGUUUCCUGUGUUGCUAUGGUGUUCCUUCUUGGGCUUAUGUUUGAGGUCACGUCAAAGGUUGCAGUUUUGUUCAUAACCGUCCAGUACAACGUCACCAUCUCAGCCAACGAGGGAUCCGAGGAGCCAGCAGUGAACUACUUCCACCAUGGCCUUAAGGACCUGGCCACUGUGUUCUUCUACAUGCUGGUGGCCAUCAUCAUGCACGCCAUUAUCCAGGAAUACGUGCUCGACAAGAUCAACAGGAAGAUGCACUUCUCCAAGACCAAGCACAGCAAAUUCAACGAGUCAGGACAGCUGAGUGCCUUCUACCUGUUCUCGUGCGGGUGGGGUGUCAGCAUCAUCCUCUCAGAGAACCUCCUGUCCAAUCCUGUGAGUCUAUGGGAAAGCUACCCCCACGCCCUAAUGCCGUUCCAGAUGAAGUUCUACUACAUCUGUCAACUGGGCUAUUGGUUGCACGUUCUCCCUGAACUCUACUUCCAGAAGAUCAAGAAAGAGGAUAUUCCCCGUCAGCUGGUGUACAUUAGUCUGUAUCUGGUCCACAUCGCAGGAGCAUACGUCUUAAACCUGAACCGCCUGGGCCUUGUCCUGUUGGUCCUACACUACCUUGUGGAGCUCCUCUUCCACGUGUCCCGCCUGGUGUACUUCAGCAACGAAGAGAGACAGAGAGGAUUCACAUUGUGGGCCGUCCUCUUCGUCCUUGCUCGUCUGCUGACCCUGUCCCUGUCCGUUCUCACUGUGGGCUUUGGCCUUGCUGGAGCUCAACAACAAGGCCUGGAUUUGGCCACAGGAAACUUCAAUGUGCUUGUUGUGCGGGUCACGGUGCUUGCCGCCAUCUGUGCCGCUCAGGCCUUCAUGAUGUGGAAGUUCAUCAACUUCCAGCUGCGCAGGUGGCGGGAACAGGCCCAGCUGCAUCAGAGCCUGAAGAAGAAACAGGCCCCAUCCAAAAGCAAGUCUAAAAACAAAGCUAACGGAGUUAAUGGAUCUGUCGGUGCCAAUGGGGCCGAUUCACCCAGAGCGCGGAAAGAGAAGUCCUCGUAAGCUGCGUGGCCCUCAACGGCGCCAUCCUGCGGGUGCUGUCCGGAGUCAGCCACUCAUUCCCACUCCCGUCAAGACCACCCCCACCCCACCCUGUGUAUUCCCCUUGACCAAGCUCCAAAGGGUCCAACCCAUUCCAUUCUGCUUUGUGUGCCGGAAGCCGUUCUACCACCUACUGCCCAAUACCCCACGCAAGACUCAUCAGUGCCAAAACAAACAAACAAACAAACUAACUAUUUACAGAGCUGUUUAAAACAGGAGCAGUUUAAAAGUGCCUAACUAGACCAACACUGCUGUGUGUUUUAGUGUGUUUUCCAUUUUAUAUUUAAAAUAAUCUGCUUUGGAUCCAAAUACUGUAUUUCAUGCUUUCCCCUUGAAUCUUUAUUUAUCAUGUCUUUUUUUGCAGCUUCCCCAUCAAGGCUUUAAACACUCUUAAGGGGUGGAUUUGCAUUGAAAUAUUCCUCUCUUGCAUUGAAUGACUGAAAGCAAAACAUUUUGUCUUGUGAGUCAUGGAGAAAAAACUUGUAUGUGCAAGCAUUGAUUCCCUAACUUUCAACCAGAACUGAAGCCAUGUAAGUGUUUAUAGUGGGGGUGAUGUAUUAUUACCAUAAUUAUUAUUAUUACGGACUAUUAUUAUUAAUUUGGGACACACAUUUCUUGAGAUUGACAUCUUGAAUUCCAUGUAAUUCCAUCUCUUGGCAUACAGCAGACCAAACAUCCAAUGUUUGACUUCCUUUUCUGAGUGGCCAUCUUGUGUACUUAUUGAAGGCAUUCUGUGAUGUCCUCAUGAUUGUGUCUAUGACCGGAUAUAAUAUUUAACUGUUGUGGCCAUGUUAAACACCUAGGCCAAACAUGGCUGGAUCUGGGACUGUGGAUGUUUGUAUUUCUCGGUUUAAAAUGACAAGAAGAAUAUAUUUUGUUGUAAAAACAAUAUAUUGUUUAUAAAUCAA